AUGCAAGCAUGGGACCUCUCAGACUCGCCAGACUCCGAAUUGCCCGAGUAUUACUGUGACACCCACUGUGAUGAUGUGAUGCUGAGGCUCAAGACAUUCCUAUUCAUCCCCGCCACACGCUUAUGCGCUAAGGGAAAUGAGAGUAAGGAUAUAAGCACACAGCCCCACUCCACUGACGACCUGCUGUUGGCCAACACCCUCAACGACUCUUACUGCUGGUUUGAUGAGCCAUCAAGCAGCCUUGACACCUCCACCUUCCCCAACAAUAGAGACACUUUGGUCCAUCAUCCCCCACCUCCCCACUCCCACCAGCACAGAGCCAUCACCACCAUCAAAGACUUCACCCACAGGAUUCAUCACGGAGUUUCUCUCGGUUUGUGGGCUCAUCUAAAGGACCACCGUGGAUCGAGAAGUCAGCGCUCUCAGGAGGCCGACAAUUUUGUUGAAGAAAGAAGUGGAAGAAAAAAAUACAACCGUGACGAGUUUGGGAAAGAUUUUACUGUGAAAGCUUCCCUAAAAAUGCAUCAGGUCAUCCACACCAGAGAGAGGCCAUUCAGCUGUGACGAGUGUGGAAAGUCUUUUACCAGGUCUGGAAGCUUAAAAACACACCAACUAAUCCACACUGGAGAGAGACCGUUCAGCUGUGAUGAGUGUGGAAAGUCUUUUACCGAGUCUGGAAACUUAAGAACACACCAACUGAUCCACACUGGAGAGAGACCGUUCGGCUGUGGAGACUGUGGAAAGUCUUUUACCCACUCUGGAAACUUAAAAACACACCAACUGAUCCACAGUGGAGAGAGACCGUUCAGCUGUGGAGACUGUGGAAAGUCUUUUACCAGGUCUGGAAACUUAAAAACACACCAACUCAUCCACAGUGGAGAGAGACCGUUCAUCUGUGACGAGUGUGGAAAGUCUUUUACCGAGUCUGGAAGCUUAAAAAAACACCAACUAAUCCACACUGGAGAGAGACCGUUCAGCUGUGGAGACUGUGGAAAGUCUUUUACUGAGUCUGGAAGCUUAAAAUCACACAAACUCAUCCACAUUGGAGAGAAACCGUUCAGCUGUGACGAGUGUGGAAAGUCUUUUACGCAGUCUGGAAGCUUAAAAUCACACAAACUCAUCCACAGUGGAGAGAGACCGUUCAGCUGUGGAGACUGUGGAAAGUCUUUUACGCACUCUGGAAACUUAAAAAGACACCAACUCAUCCACACUGGAGAGAGACCAUUCAGCUGUGACGAGUGUGGAAAGUCUCUUACGCACAUUUCACACUUAAAAUCACAUCAACUCAUCCACAGUGGAGUUAAAGCGUACACCUGUGAUCAGUGUGGCAGAGCUUUUACUCACAGUUACAGCUUACAGAGUCAUCUAGUUACCCACUCUGGAAUUAAGGCGUACAGCUGUGACAUUUGUGGAAAAACUUUCAGCCGGAUAGGGAGCCGAAAUACACACCUACGCAUUCACACGGGACAUGAUGUGUACAGCUGUGAUCAGUGUGGUAAACAGUUUACCACAAACACAGAGUUACGACGUCACAUGUUUACCCACACUGAGGAACGACCUUAUAAAUGUGACCUGUGUGAGAAGACUUUUAAAUCUCCACAUUACCUGAAAGCACACCAACAGAUCCACACCAGAAAGACUCUACAAGUGCAGUUACUGUGAGAAGCAGAGCGACACAGAUGGAUCAAGUUCUCAACCCUGUCAUCGCUGUGGGAAAGACUUUUGUUGUGACCUUUGUGGAAAAACUUUAAGUCAUUGAAGGACUCUGAAAAUACAUCAACGUAGACACACUGGAGACAAAAUGAACUACUGUAAAGAAUGCGGGAGAGGCUUCACCACUUCAAAGGACUUCAAACAAUAUGAACUCCUUCACAGUGGCGUUAAAAAGCAUGUCUGCGAUCAGUGUGGGUCAUCCUUCAUCAGUGCACGUCAGCUUGAAAAGCAUAAACGAGUCCACACAUGAGAGAAACCAUACAAGUGCAGACACUGUGACAAAACCUUUUCACAGUCAUGUGAUCAUACUAAGCAUGAACGCAGACACAUGAAAGAGAACUUCAUCUGUGAAAGAGUUUGAGUAAUCUCAGUUCAUACUCCACUCAGAAACGAUUCCAUGUUACAAAUAAACUGUUACGUCUUGAUUCCUGCUUUUACGUUAAUCUUGUAAACAGUACAUUUGCAUAACCACUGAAACCGGCCCAAUGAAUGAACAAUGGGCUGUGAGGUCAAUUUCUUCAUCAUUAAUAUGCAAAUUCUUAUGAGCAUUGAUCAACAACCACUGGUCAAUGGCCAUGAGUGCCAUUCGCAGAGUAAAUAUUUGCAUAAUGAUUAUGAAGUUUACUGUUACCAAUGUUCAAAAACAUUUACUAAGUUAUCUUCUCUGUGCAAACAUCAGCGUGAUGCAGGACUGAAAUCAUUGCCAUCUCUGGAUCACAGUGAAUCUGCAGAGACAGAAAGAUCCUCUUCUGGUUUCAGGGUCAGACUUAAACCCUUGAGAUCAGGCUCCACAGAGUUCAGGUGGAGUCUUCUGUAAAGAUCUGAUGAGGCAGCUAUGAAUGAAAAUGUGCCUCUUGUUACAUUUUAAGCUUUCUAAACUGUUCUACUGUGUUUGUGUUGAGUGGUUCGCUUUGUUCCAGCAGUUUGAUUAAGAAAUCUGUUUCCUGUUAUAUUUUUAUUGAAUGCAUUGAUCCAUGUGUUCUGAAGGGGUUUUUUUUUUCAGCUUGUUUGUGUAAUGAAAUCCUGCAACAAUUAAACCAAAAUUUUAUAUGUUAAAUAAAGAAAUGGUUUACUGACAAAGA